AUGAACAGAAGGCAAGCACUGGCAACUGAGGUCUUUUUGAUGGAGAAAGAGUCAAUGAACCUACGAGAAACUGGUGAGAGACACCAAAUGGCAGACAAAAGUACGUACCUCUGGCAUAUGGUGUUGGUGGUCAAUGUCAAAGCAGAACAACCUGUGCUGUGUUGGGGAGACUUAGGAGUGUGGAUCAAAAGCAAGUGCUGGCAACCAGAGGUUGGCAGAGGGACCUAUGUUAUAGCAUUAGCACCACGUGUGGAGAAGGAGAAAGCUUGUCAAUGUGAGCUCGAGCAACAAGCAAGCAAUGGCGCAGUUGGUGCUACUGGUCCUACAGCUUCACUGGAGAAAAUACCUCAACCUCAAGGCACUGCCGGGAACAAAGGCUAUAGUCUUCAGACAGAGGUGCUCAUAGGCAAUGCCAAAAAGAAUGAACUAUAUCUUGCCAUAUGUAAUGUGCGAGGAUUGGCCAUUGCUGCCCAGCUUGAUUGGUGGGUUCCAUUUUGGCAUGAGCCAAAAGAUGAUAUCACAAAGAUCUACCGGACUGCAAGGGAGUCACGUGAAUUCCUCAAACAAUUUGAUGGGUGCUGGCCUGUUGAUGAGAUUAUAGCUCAGCAUUUCUGA